AUGAGAAGGUACCUGUUGAUUACCUGUUUGUUUGUCCUGUGUUGCUUAAAAUUAAAGCAUGUGAACUUUUUAAAGUGGGAGCAGGAAAAUGAUUUUUAUUAUAUAAAUAAUGAGAAACUAUUAAAAAGGGUAUUACAUAAUGUAGAACAAACUAAAGAAAGAACAGAAGUUGAUAAACCAAUAGUAUUUGGUAUAAGGAAAGGAAAAUUUGUUACAAUACACAAAGAAACAAAAGAAGAGAAGAUGCUGAAGGAUAAUUUGAUAGAAGCUAUAUUAUUUGAUCCUAAGAAAGAUGAAGAAUUAAAAAUUGAUAUAAAAGAAACAAAUAUAGAUAAAGAUAGUAAAAAAAAACAAAAAAGAGAAAAUGGAAUUAUUAAAGAUGAUACAGCUAAGGAUAAGGAUUUGUAUUCAUAUACUAAAGACCCGAUUACUCUCCAUAAAAAAAAAUUAAAAGAAGAAAAGAAUUUUGUUAUGAUCAAAGAAUUUGUAAAAGAUUUAUCUAGUCGAGAUGAAAAUGUAUUAAUAUCUAAUGUGAACAUUUUUUUAAAAAGAAUAUUUAAUUUGAUAUUGAGGGAAAAAAUAAUUACUGCAAUGUGUUCAGAUGUACAAAAUGAAGGAAUAGAAAAUAAUAACACACAAAUGAAGGGCAAACAAAUAAAGGACGCACAAAUGAAGGGCAAACAAAAUAAUAACACACAAAUGAAGGGCAAACAAAAUAAUAACACACAAAUGAAGGGCAAACAAAAUAAUAACACACAAAUGAAUGACGCACAAAUGAAUGACGCACAAAAUUAUGAUGGCAAAGAUAACAAUUCAGAAUGCUUGAAAAAUAAUAAGAAUUGUAAUUUCGAUAACAAAAUCAAGAUUAAAGAUUGUAGUAAGGGUUCCAUAAGUUGUUUUCUCUCGAACAUUAAAAAUGAAGAAUUUUAUAAAGCUCCAGAUUUAUUUAAAUAUUAUAUAUCUUUAGAAAAAAUGUUGAGGAGCUCUUCUGUUCGAUCCAAAACAGACAGGAUAUCAAAAUAUUUUACUUUUUAUCCAGUAUCUAUGGAUAAAGAAUAUUAUGAAGAGAAAAUAAAUAAUCAUGUAUUUUUAGAGGCUGUUAGAAAUAUAUUAUUUGAUUUAGAUGAAGGAAAUAAAAAGGAUAAAAAAAAGGUUUUUUCGAGUUUUGUAAUAGUCGUAGAUACAUUAAUAUCUUUAAUAAAAAAAGAAAAGGUAGUAAAAGAAAUGUAUAUGUUUAUACAUUUAUUUUUUCAAGAUUUAAAUUUAUUAAAUAAAAAAAUAUUAGACAUUUUAUUAAAAAGUUCUUUUAAGCCAGGAGCAUCAUUUAAUAUUCCAGAUUUCAAUAAGAAAAAUUUCGAAUUUAUUUUAUCAAGAAUAUAUACAAGAUAUGUUUUAAAUAAUUUAUUAAAUAAGACAUUCAAUAAUUCAGAUACCAUCAAUAUGUCUGAUUUUUUAAAUAACAAAAUAAAACCUUUCAAUUUUAGUUUUACGGAAACAAGUGUAAACUUGCUAAAGAAUGAGGGUAUUCAGAUAAAGGAUGAUGACCUUUUGGUGAGCGAAGAAAAUUUGUGUAAAUAUAUACCUAUCAAAAAAAAAUUAUUAUAUGAAAAACUUAACAAGACAAGGAAAGCUGCAGAGGAAGCUAUACUGGAUUAUAUAUUUAGACUUUUAUUAAGAAAAUUACAUGAAUUUAUAACAGAAUAA